CCAACAGCAACGGGAUGGUGGUGCAGAAUGUAACCAGCAUCAACGGGACGGGGCUGCUGAAUGUAACCAGCAUCAAGAGGGUGAAAAUCUCAGAAGAAGCGCUGUUGUUUCUCACAGGCUCUGUGUCCACCAUCCUCAUCCCUUCCUUCUACACACUGGUCUGCCUCAUCAGCUUGCCGAUCAACAUCUUUGCAGUGGUGGCCUUCACACUGUGGAUCAAACCCAAGAUGCCGGCAGCCAUCUACAUGUUGAAUCUGGCCUGUGCCGAUCUGCUCUUUGCUGUGCUGCUCCCCUUCAAGAUCUCCUACCACUUUGGCGGCAACAACUGGAUAUUCGGAUCGCUCAUGUGCCGUGUGGUCACCGCAGCCUUCUACUGGAACAUGUAUUGCUCUGUUCUGCUCAUAACUUGCAUCAGUGUGGACCGUCUCCUUGCUGUAGUCUAUCCUCUUGAUUCGCUGUCUUGGAGGACGCCAAGGAACGCAAUCAUGGCCUGCGUCGCCAUGUGGAUAUUAUCCUUCGCUGGCACUGUGCCCCUAGUCCUCCACGACCAGACUUUUCCCCUCAGUCAGCUGAACAUCACCACCUGCCACGACGUCCAGUCUGUGCACGAGAUAAUCGGGUACUACAAGUUCUACUUCAUCACCCUGUCCUGCGCCUUCUUCUUCCUGCCUCUGCUCAUCACAGUGGUGUCCUACACUCGUGUGAUCUGGGCACUGAGCAGGGUCCCACACGGUGGUCUAGGAAGUUCACACAGGAGAACAAGAGCAGUGGUGAUGGCUGGAACAGUGCUGCUGAUAUUUGUGCUGUGUUUCACACCCACAAACUGUCUACUGAUGGCACGCUAUCUGCAAUUUAACGGAGGUGCUGAGGCGUUCAAAGAGACCAGCUCCUACGCAGCCUAUCUAGUUUGUAUGUGUUUAGGAAGUCUGAACUGCCUCCUGGAUCCCCUGCUCUUCUACUUUGGCUCAUCCCAGUGCCAGGAACAACUUUCCAGAACAUUGAGAUGUGAGAAGAUUUUGGAGGCCUUCAGUGGACUUUCCUUUUCUGGCCUCAGUAGUCGCUGAAUUAGGAUGAGAACAACCUGAUCCUGUGACCUGCAGGUUGACCUCCACCCAGUCUUCAUACCAUAAAAACUCCAUUUUGGAGACAAAAUGAAAACUAGGGCUUCUUCCAAACCACAUGCUUUCAAUCAGAUAAAAUAGAUAUACUAUAUGACCAACACUGCAGAAUAGUCGGAUGGAACUGUCUGGUCGACAGUGGUCAACAAGCAAUGACACCCUGAACCCAUGCUCAAUUCAAUAACAAUGCUUCCUCUGCCUCUCUCUCUUCCCAGAGGUGGGGCGGUCACAGACGUAUGUCGUGAAACCACAUUCCAUUCUGUUCUGAAAACCAGCUCAUUUUAUUGAAUGACUGAAGCAAAGCGCAAAUAAUGUUUAAACUGUCUGGAUUUGGUUAAUAUUGUUUUAUAACUGCUUCGAGGUAAUUUGAUAGAAAUUCCAAAAGUGUUCCAGGUUUUAUGAAAUUU